AUGGGCAACGACACGCAUAUGGAGGUUGAUGCCGCCGAGCAGAAGCUCAAGGGCAUGGAGCACUCUGAGCAGCACUACUUCAAGAGCUACGACCAUCAUGGCAUUCACGAGGAGAUGUUGAAAGACGAGGUCCGCACGCGCUCCUACAUGAAUGCCAUUGUUCAGAACAAGCACCUGUUUAAGGACAAGGUCGUUCUCGACGUUGGCUGUGGAACUGCCAUUCUGUCCAUGUUCGCCGUCAAGGCUGGCGCGAAGCACGUCAUCGGUGUCGACAUGUCCACCAUCAUCUUCAAGGCGCGCGAGAUCGUCAAGGUGAACGGCAUGUCUGACAAGAUCACCCUGAUUCAGGGCAAGAUGGAGGAGGUCGAGCUCCCCUUCCCCAAGGUCGACAUUAUUAUUUCCGAGUGGAUGGGAUACUUCCUUCUCUACGAGUCCAUGCUGGACACCGUUCUGUACGCCCGUGACCGCUACCUGAACCCCGACGGUCUCAUCUUCCCCGACAAGGCCACCAUCUUCGUUGCCGGUAUCGAGGACGGCGACUACAAGGAUGAGAAGAUUGGAUUCUGGGACAACGUGUACGGCUUUGACUACAGUCCGCUCAAGGCCACGGCCCUGUCCGAGCCUCUCGUCGACACAGUCGAGAUCAAGGCUGUCGUGACGGACCCCACGCCCGUCCUGACCCUGGACCUGUACAAGUGCCAGGUGUCGGACCUUGCCUUUACCACCCCCUUCCGCCUCUCCGCCCGCCGUGACGACUUUAUCCACGCGCUCGUCGCCUGGUUCGACAUUGACUUCACCGCCGCCCACAAGCCCAUCCGCUUCUCCACCGGCCCUCACACCAAGUACACCCACUGGAAGCAGACCGUCUUCUACCUCAAGGACAUGCUCACCAUGUCCACCGGUGAGGAGGUUGACGGCACUCUGCACGUCAAGCCCAACGAGAGGAACCGUCGUGACCUUGACAUCAAGAUCGAGUACAAGUUCUUGACCGAGGACCCCACCCGUGCCGCCGAGGGCGUCUGUGAGUACAAGAUGUGCUAA